AUGGUUGGAAGCUUCCAAAGAUCAGACAGUGAGCUCUGGCUAAAGAUAUUCAAGGUCGGCCAGAUGUUUAGGCAUUCAUACGGCUUAUGCAUCUGUCCAAGCUCUCAAGACAGCAACGACUUUGCUCGCCUGUAUUGCCAACACAACAAGCAAGGUGUGGUGAAGCCGCCUAUCAUUGAAGUCAUUGACGAGAGAUCUGCAGUGGAAAAGCUUUUACGGAUGGUUCACGUUCUUUCAGAGGCCAAGAAGCAGCAGACUGCCUCACUUCUUAACGAAGAGAGGACCGAGUUCGUGCAGUCGUCAGAGGCCAUUAUCGCACCUUUGCUAACCAUACCUGGCUUGGCCCCUCAUGAAGCACAAAUGCUACUUUCCAGCUUUGGAUCUAUUGAUGCUGUGGCAUCUGCAAGUUCAAGCAAGAUUGCUGGGGCAACAGGAAUGCCUUUACAUAAAGCUGAAGCAGUAUCAAGUUUCUUCCGGGACAUGUGA